UUCGAAUAUAGUGGGCACGAUAGAGCCCUAUAUUCCGGGAGCAUCUUUUUCAAACUAUGUUGAACGGUUAGGUUUUAUGUUCCAAUAUAAUAACGUCCCUGAGAACUCUCAAAAGGCGCUAUUUAUUACUCUCAGCGGAUCGGCAGUUUUUGAGGAGCUUAAACUUUUGUAUCCUGCUAGGGAUUUAUCGACUCUACAGUAUAAUGAGAUAAUUAAAAAACUUAAAGAGCGGUUUGACAAAAAGGAAUCAGACUUGAUACAGCGGUUUAAAUUUUAUAACCGGGUUCAGGGAGCGGACGAAACCGCUGAAAAUUUUGUUCUGGCAGUAAAACUGCAAGCUGAAUUUUGCGAAUUUGGCGAAUUUAAAGAUACCGCCAUUAGGGAUAAACUCCUAAUGGGGGUUUAUGAUAAAGGCCUACAACAAAAAAUGCUAGGAGAAGAAAAUCUUACGUUGGCAACGGCUGAAAGGAUGAUAAUUAAUUGGGAGCUGGCGGGUUCCAGAGCAAAGAUGAUUGGUGGCAAAAAUGAACAAAUUGCAUCGGUAAAACAUAGAUUGGGGCGUAGAGAUAGGUUCGAGAGUAAUACUCAGCAGAGAGACAGAAGUAGAAGUAGAAGUAGGAGCAAAUCGGGUAUGCGGUAUGGAUUGCGAAACAGAAGUGCGAGUGGUAGUAAGGACAGAAACAGAAGUAGCUCUAGGCAGAGGCGGUUUGGAUUUAAAAAAAAAUUGACUUGCUAUUAUUGCGGCAAAUCUGGGCAUGUUUUAAAAAAAUGUUUUAAAUAUAUCAACAGUCAGAGGAAACCAACGGUUAGAUUUGCGGAUGAGCUGCGACCGGGCUGUAGUGCAAGCAAUAAUCUAGAGCAACUUUUUAGUAGAUUGAAGCCUUCCGGGUUGGAUGAGUCAUCAGAUGAUUCAGAUAUGUAUUGGAAGCGUAACGACAAAGGCGCAUCGCUCGCAAUUGAGGGUCCAGAAAGACUCUAAGAAUUCUCCAAACGUGGCGGUUCCAUGCAGAAGUCACUGUAAGCGUAGGCUGGUCUCGGAGGAGGAUUUCCUUGGGUUUCCAGAUGAUGUGGCUGCAAAGAGGUUUCGCAAAGGCGAUCAUGAAGGAACGGAACCAAAAACGCCAAGUCCUAGACGUUCUGAAAGGUUAAAGGUUCGACCGAGGAGAGUUUAUAAAAGAUAAAUCAAAGAAAAUUUGUAGAUUAAUUGUUUAAACGUGUUUCGAUAUUGUAUCGAUCGAUUGAUCGAGUUGGCGUAAUUAUACGCUUUCAGAAGUUUGAAUUAUAAUGAGCGUUAAAGAACGCAAUCGCUAUUUUAUACAAAAUUAUAUAAUUAAGAAAAGUACAUUUUAAAUGAUGUUUUCGAUGGAUUAAAAAAUUUAAAAGGAUAAGAAUUGUGGUGUAAUAAUAAGGCCCAGUAAAGGCCGAGUCCGAUUGAUAAAGAUAUAUAAUCAAUAUAACUUCUCCUCCGGAGUGGAGAGUUCUAUCGAACACCAAUACUGUAACGCAAAGGAGGAAUAAAACCCGCUGCGCGGGGCUGACUCAGUCAGUUUGGUUUUGGAUCAAGUAACAAGUGUUUAAUAAGUGGUUU